GAUGCUUCACAGCUAUACACACACAAUACACACACAUCAUCACACAUAUUCCAACAAUAAUAUUAAAAUAAAAUAAAUUACUCCUCCUAUAACACACUGAGUCAGAAAUAAAUUGAAACAAACAGAUUGAAAUUCCAUCAUCAUCAUCCUCCUUUUCUGUACCUGUCAAAUCUUAACCUCCAUUAAUGGCUGCUCAAGCUUUUCCCAUCACCUAAUCAUCAUCACACACAGAUCUAAUUCCUUGUCCUCUCCUUCGUCGUUUCGAUCAUCCAGAUUGUCGUUUCGUCAUUUCGCUCCUCAAUUAGAUCUUCACAAUCCUCUCUUAUCCAUCGUUAUAAGUUGAAUCAUAUAUAUAUUUAUUUUAGAUGAUUAAGUUUAUAUUUUGUUGAAUUAUUGUGAUUAAUUUGCAUUAUAUUAAGCAGAUCUUCGUGGUGUAAUUAUAAUAAUUGAGAAAGUAGGUUUAUUUUGUUCGGAUAGUGUUGUUAAUUAGAAAUGGAUAUAGAUGAGUUUCGGAGGAUAUUAUCCGACUCAGCAGUAGAUAUUUGGAGUUUUAUAGAUACGGCGAUAGCGGUAGCGUCGUCGGAUUACGGAGAAGAGCUGAAGGAUCGGAGAGAUGAGAUUGUGCAGAGACUUUAUGCGUGUAGGAAUUGCGGCGACCAAGUAAAUGAGCAUAGGAGGAUUGUGGAGCCGGUGGUGAAAGUGGAUAACAGUCAAGCUAAGUUGAAGCACUCUCCGUAUACUCCGCAGUCUGUUCAUAGAGAGGAGGAUGUUGAUGUUGUUAAUGAUGAUGAGGAAGAGGAUCCGUAUGCCGGUUUGUUUGAUGAUGAUGAGGAGACGAGGAUAUUGAGGAUUAAGGACCAGAUUGAAGAUCCUGACCAGACUGAGGAGUCUUUAGUUGAAUUGCUUCAAGGACUUGCUGAUAUGGAUAUUACAUUCAAAGGCCUUAAGGAAACUGAUAUAGGGAGGUAUGUAAAUCGGUUAAGGAAGCAUGAGUCGAAUGAAGUAAGGAGAUUGGUGAAGCAACUAGUGAGAAAAUGGAAAGAUUUGGUUGAUGAAUGGGUGAAGUUGAACCCACCAGAAAUUCCAUCUUCUACUAUUAUUGCUGAUGGAGAAUCACCUCCAAUGAACAUGCGGAGGAAUCUCCCAAAUGGUCACCAGGUCCCUGAUUUUGCAUAUUCCCCUAAUCCAAACAAUGGAAGCUCUGGCUCAGAAAGGAAUAAUUCAGAGCCAGAACAAAAGCCAAAAUCUGUUCCUAGAAGAGAAUUAGUGGCGAAACCUACCUACCGACCUACUGCUGGAUCUGCUUCUGCUCCUCCUCUUAAUAGACCUCACAAGGAAACAGCCAUAGAUCCUGAUAGGCUCGCAUCAGCAAGAAAGAGGCUUCAUGAGAACUAUCAAGAAGCUCAAAAUGCUAAAAAACAAAGGACGAUACAAGUGAUGGAUAUACAUGAGAUACCUAAGCCAAAGAAUGGUUACAUAGCCAAGAAUAAAGGUGGCUUUCAUGGAAGGAACCAUAGGUGAUUGGUGCCCCUAAUAUGUGACAAAUCUCCAGCAGUCAGCUGGUUACAUAAACUUAUGCUUGCGCGAACUUAUACGCAGUUUUCUUUGCUUGUUUGGGGCAACCAGGAACCUGUUUAUCCCCUCUUUCUGUUAUUAACCCGGGAAAAUAACAACUGCACUCUAAUUUGGUCGGGUCUUAUUUAUAAAUUAUAUAUAUAUUCUAGAUAAACUGAAAUUUUGCUCA